AUGACUUCUUCUGCCCUCGACGUCUACUAUCAGACCGAGUGGAAAGUGAAAUGUUCGACGGAAGAGAGUUUUCUGGCUUCGUGGCAGGGACUGGCGCUCUACUCCCACGCAAUGCUCGUCGUGUUCCUGCCCGUUUAUAUGUUCACCGCGUUUUGUAUUCUCAAGAAAACGCCGAGAUCGAUGAAUUCUGUCAAGUGGGUUCUACUCAAUUCUCAUUUAUGGUACGAGUAUAUCUAGCAAUCCGUUGGGUUUAUAGCAUUUAUUUCAGGUGCUCUUACGUGGACAUCCUCAUCUGUUCACUCAUUACUCCCUACUUUUACUUCCCUACAAUAUCCGGUUUUCCGGUUGGUCUCUUACGAGUUUUAGGCAUUCCAACUUCCACUCAAGUUUACAUAGGAGUGAUUUCAGCUCUAUGUACGUUUGGAUAUCAUCAGUUUCCCUGUUAUUUUGCAAAAUUUCAGUUAUGGGCACUUCGCUGAUCGGUCUUUUCGAGAACCGAAGUAGUUGCAUUCCGACAAAUCGAUUCGGAAUCGUCCGGAAACGUACUCGAACCAUUUACUACUUGUUCAACUGCACAAUGACCGUUUCCUACAUCAUCCCGCCGUUUCUGAAUGUUCCCGAGCAGGUCUCUGCAAAAUUCCAGCUGCUUCAAGUAAUCUUCUGGCAUUCUCGCAGUAGCCGUUUAGCCAAUUUCGUCUUCAGGAGGUGCCAUGUCCGACCGAAGAGUUCUUCUACUCGGAAGUGUUCGUUUUCGCAGUGGACGAGUUCUGGAAGUCGUACCUGUGGACAUCGACGGGACUCAUGGUGUUCGGCAUCUUCGUGCAAGUCUCCUUCUUCGCCGUCUGCUGCAUCUACUACCUCUACCUCUCCACUUCAGUCAUGAUCUCCUCGAAAACUCGGAAAUAUCAACGCGCGUUCUUCGUCGGAACCAUCGUCCAGGCAAUCGUUCCAUUGAUCUUCCUAGCGACGCCGGUGGCCGGUGCAAUUCUGUCCAUCUACCUCAAGCACUACAAUCAGGAGUUCAACAACAUGGUCGUACUGGUAUUCUCUCUUCACGGGUUCGCCUCCACUCUUGUCAUUCUUCUCGUUCACCAUCCUUAUCGCUCUUUUCUGCUUCGCGCCAUCAAGUUCGACAGGAGUAGCGGUGAGUACCAACGCCUGGACUCGAAAAUAGGUCGAGACACUAGGCCAGAGUCAUUGAAAGUUCUCAAUAGAGAGCAUUUACUCUGUGCGUCUAGUUUCGCUCAGAAAUACGUCUCUGACAUGUGAAUAAGAUGCUGGCCCCUAUUUUCCAGACUCCGAUUCACUCAGUCCGUAACUGCUUUCCUCGUUCAGACAAAAACGUGUCAACCGGUGCUUCGUACGUGACAAGAGAAGUUCGGAUGGAGAUGAGACGGCUCUCGAAUCGAGUUCACUCCACCUUCUGA